UAGUAAUAAUUCUAACUUGCAUGUUAUAAAUGCUUAAUAAAUACACUAAUUCAUACUUACGUUAAUCAAAAACAUAAAAUGGCAUAAUUUCUCAUUUAUGUUUCAAUGCAGCAAAAUAUAUUAUUACAGUGAGUUUAAAAGGAGGGAUUAUGCCAUUUUGCUACAGUCCGCUGUGUGUUUAUAUGUCUUGACUUGUUUUGUCACUUUUCUUGGCACACUGAUGUCAAAUGCUACUCUGAGUGCUGUGCUAACUUACCUAGACCAAGUUAACUUGUUAGCCCUCUGCAAAAACACUUUUCAGAUUUUCAUACUCAUUCACAGCAGGUAUCGUAUAAUAAAUCCUGAUGACCAUUAAACCAUACUGAACUUUAUGUAAAUAAGUCUCUAAUGUUGGCACCUCCUUUAUAAAUUCUUCAUAUGUAUCCACUUUACAUUAAGGUACAUUUUCACAGGUUACUAAUGUUGAAUUAGUGUUUCAACAUUAGUAACCUAUGAAGCAUUUUUAAAAUGUAAGGUAAAAUGGCUCACUAUUUGGCCGGCAUUGCAUGAAAGUCACCCUUUUUAUGUAUGUUGUUAAAAUAGCUAAAUAAAAUAGAUUUUUAAUGUAUUUGUAAAUGACUUAUUAGUUAGUAAUGAAUCCCUUUAUAAAACCCAUUAAUGUUAAGUGUUAUUGUUUAUUUUAUAUAUAUAUAUAUAUAUUGGGUGCAGGAAGUUUGCCAUGCGGAGCAUAUAAUGAACAUCACAGGUAGGGCAAUAUGUUCAUAAAUCUGUUUAAUAAAAAGCAUUUUAUGAACCAUCCAGCAAUGUUUUCAUAGUAACCCAUCUCUGAACAUCACUUGUUAUUUUGAUGUUUAAAAAAAGAGCUUUGACCCUGAAUGUCAGUGUCUUUGGUGUUUUUCCUGUUCAGUUACAUCACAACAUGCAUACCUCCCAUCUCCCAGAUCCUGAUCCGGAUGCAGAAACUUAUAUGAACUUUAUGAAGAAGCACUGUUGUUACGAUGCGAUUCCCACCAGCUGCAAACUGGUCAUUUUUGACACCACACUGCAGGUGAAGAAGGCCUUUUUUGCUCUGGUAGCGAAUGGUCUGAGGGCCGCCCCUCUUUGGGACAAUAAACAACAGAGAUUUGUGGGUAUGCUGACAAUUACAGACUUCAUUAACAUUCUUCAUCGGUAUUAUAGGUCACCCAUGGUACAGAUCUAUGAAUUGGAGGAACACAAGAUUGAGACAUGGAGAGGUGAUUCAUUUCAAAACGUCUACCUGCAAUAUCACGAUCAAUGUCUCAUCAGUAUCACACCUAAUGCAAGCCUCUUUGAUGCUGUCUACUCCUUAUUAAAGCACAAAAUCCACAGGCUGCCGGUUAUUGACCCAGUGUCUGGAAAUGUCCUGCACAUACUGACCCAUAAGAGAAUCCUCAAGUUCCUUCAUUUAUUUGGAGGCAUGGUGCCCAAGCCACGGUUCUUGAAGAUGCAAAUUAAAGAUGCAGGAAUAGGGACUUUCACAGACAUAGCCACUGUACGACAGACAGCGACUCUAUACGAUGCACUUUCAGUGUUUGUUGAGCGACGGGUGUCUGCCCUCCCAGUGGUGGAUGAGGACGGAAAGGUGGUUGCCUUGUAUUCGAGAUUUGAUGUGAUUAAUCUUGCUGCACAGAAAACAUACAACAACCUUAGCAUGAGCAUGCAGGAGGCAGUGCAGAGAAGACAAUGUUUUGUGGAAGGAGUCAUUAAAUGUUACCCUGACGAGACCUUGGAAACUGUUAUUGACAGAAUUGUCAAAGCAGAGGUCCAUAGGUUGGUGCUUGUGGACAGAGGUGAUGUGGUUCGGGGAAUAAUCUCUCUUUCAGACCUGCUACAGGCUAUAGUUUUGUCUCCAGCAGGUAUUGAUGCACUGUUUUCCUAACCUGAGAAGAUACGUUUCCUCCUCUUCCCUCAUCAAACCAACACUAGUAUCCAGGUAUUGAAAUCAGACUAUACGACUGCAGACAAGAAUGAAGAAAGAACCAUCCUGCAGUGAAAAUAUAUUCUUAAAAGACUUUUUUUUUUUCUUUUACAGUAUGUUGUCCUUGUAACCUUUUCUGUUAACUCUGAAUUAUGUAGAAUUUAUAGAUGAAAAUGUCUAAAUUAACAUACAUUUCUCAUUAAAUUAAGAGAUAUGUAUUAUAAUAACAAUAUUUACAUAGAAAACGGCUGUUUUAUGUUUUCAUGUAACAAUGAGCACACAUGGGCUUUGGUUUUGAUCAAACUGAUCAUCUAGCUUGCCUUUGUGGGCUUUUAUAUCAAAUUUAUUGUCAGAUUAUAAUUAUUAUUUUUUUAUUAUUAUUAUCUGCUUAUUUUCCUGCUCAACAAAUAACGGAAUACCUAAUAAUUUAUAAUUAUACUAAGAAAGUUGUUAACCAGAAAGGACAUCUGUU